CACAAGUCUAGAUUAUGUGGAAAACUCAUAGUUGAAGUGUCUCUCACAGAACGCCAAACUGUAAAACAGAAACGUCAAAGUGCAUGGAAUUACAGACCGCAAAAUUAUCCCUACGAGCAGUACGAUUACCACCCGGAAUCAGCCUACUACCCCAAGUCACAAGCGGACUAUUAUCCCAAAUCAGAACCAGCCUACUACCCCAAGCCUGAAUCGGCAGCCUACUAUUCCAAAUCGGAACCAACCUACUACUCGACAUCGGAACCAUCAACCAACCCCAAAUCGGAAUCCGACUACUACCAGAGGCCCCAACCGGAAACGGCCUACUACGCCAAGCCACAGUCAACCUACUACCCGCAGCCAGAACCGGUCUACCCUUCCAAAUACGAGACCAGCUACUACCCGAACUACGACACGUACCGACCGUACGAACACUACAAACCGUCGCCGUACUACGAUGGCCAGAAGAAGAAGAAGAAGCCGUGUAAACAUGAAUACUUGAUCAAUACCUCAACGACACAUGCGCCCAGUACAACGACAUACGCAACGCAUGCCUUUCCAUCGGUGCUGCCCGUGAAGAAACCGCUGAAACAUGGGCUCCUCGACGGGUUGCUCGAACAUACGGAACCGUCUUCGUCGACGACUGAGCGGUAUCAUUUUGUGCACUAAGGAACAAGCAUGUUUUCUGACCUGAAAACUUGGAAACGAGGCUUGAACCACUUUGGGACUAAAAUGUGCGAAGUUAAAAACGUUCAGAGAUACCAUUACUCAUGAAUAGAGGC